AAUUUGCAAAAGUAGUGUAAGUUGCCUAGGACCUGGAAUAUAUCUACUUCGGAAAUAGCAAUAGUACUCACCAUGUUGUGUUUGUUCAUCCUGGGAGCAAAUGCAUUCCUUACCGUUCUUUAGAGUGAAGAUCUAAAGGGAGCAGUCAGGCCGGUUCUCACCAUCAGUCUACUUCCACCUUCACAGGAAUUUUAGAAUCAUCUGUAAGAGACCCGGAAUCCAGAGGCACCCAAGCGAGUUAGCAACAAGAAAUAUAUAAGAGAUGCCAAAGGCCAGUACCUGUUUGACCUUCUUUGCCACCACCUGAACCUCCUUGAGAAAGACUAUUUUGGGAUCCGCUUUGUGGACCCAGAUAAGCAGCGGCAUUGGCUGGAGUUUACAAAGUCUGUUGUGAAGCAGUUGAGAUCCCAGCCUCCAUUCGCCAUGUGUUUCCGUGUGAAGUUUUACCCUGCAGACCCUGCAGCCCUAAAAGAAGAAAUAACCAGGUAUUUGGUCUUCCUACAGAUCAAAAGGGAUCUCUACCAUGGCCGCCUCCUCUGUAAAACAUCAGAUGCUGCCUUGUUAGCAGCCUAUAUCCUUCAAGCGGAGAUUGGGGAUUAUGAUCCAGGGAAACACCCUGAAGGCUACAGCUCCAAGUUCCAGUUUUUCCCUAAACAUUCAGAGAAGCUGGAAAGGAAAAUCGCUGAGAUCCACAAGACAGAGCUGAGUGGUCAAACACCAGCAACAUCAGAGCUGAACUUUUUAAGGAAAGCGCAGACAUUGGAGACAUAUGGGGUGGAUCCCCACCCGUGUAAGGAUGUGUCGGGAAAUGCUGCGUUUCUGGCCUUCACUCCCUUUGGGUUUGUUGUUCUGCAAGGAAAUAAGAGGGUCCACUUCAUUAAAUGGAAUGAGGUGACCAAGCUGAAAUUUGAAGGGAAGACUUUCUAUUUAUACGAAAAGAAAAUUAUUCUCACAUAUUUUGCUCCAACUCCAGAAGCCUGCAAACACCUCUGGAAAUGUGGAAUUGAGAACCAAGCCUUCUACAAGCUGGAGAAGUCAAGCCAAGUCCGCACAGUGUCCAGCAGCAAUUUGUUCUUCAAAGGGAGCCGGUUCCGAUACAGUGGCCGAGUUGCAAAGGAAGUAAUGGAGUCUAGUGCCAAGAUCAAACGGGAGCCACCGGAAAUACACAGAGCAGGGAUGGUUCCAAGUCAGAGCUGCCCCUCCAUAACCCACGGCCCAAGGCUGAGCAGUGUCCCCAGGACCCGCAGAAGAGCUGUCCACAUCUCCAUCAUGGAAGGCCUGGAGUCCCUCCGGGACAGUGCCCACUCCACCCCAGUGCGCUCCUCUUCCCACGGGGACACCUUCCUGCCUCACGUGAGGAGCAGCCGGGCAGAUAGCAACGAGCGAGUGGCUGUGAUCGCAGACGAGGCCUACAGCCCCGCGGACAGCGUGCUGCCCACCCCUGUGGCCGAGCACAGCCUGGAGCUGCUGCUGCUCUCCCGGCAGAUCAAUGGGGCCACCUGCAGCAUCGAGGAGGAGAAGGAGUCUGAGGCCAGCACCCCGACUGCCGCAGAGGUGGAGGCCCUUGGGGGAGAGCUGAGGGCCCUGUGUCACGGGCACGGCGGGCCUGAGGAGGAACAGGCGAUGGUUUGCCUGCAAAAUCCGCUCAGUGGUGAGCCUGCUCAUUGACACCUGAGAAGGCAUGACUCCUCCCAAUAACUAGCCAGGUGGACCAAGGAGAGCCCGGCUACCCAUUCCCAGCAAAGGGACCCAUCGUGGAACCAUCGGCACAUAUACCAAGUCCUCCUCUCAUGACUCAAAGUCCACUGCAGCCUAGGAGGGUUGUUUCCCAGAAGAAGAAAGGGACAGGCUCGUGCCCUGUCAAAACAAACUGGGAAAAUUCAUUUUCUUCAGAGGUUCUUUCAAGAAAGGCUCAGCAACUCUCUUUCUCAUCCUUCAAUUCGCAGGAUAAUUUUUGGUUUUGAAGUAUGGUUUUUCAUAGAUGUGUAUUAUUUUGAAAGUAUCAAAUAAAAAUAAUUUAUUUUACUAUUACUGAUUCUCGCGGUAGUGUCACCCAGCAGACAGGACACUAGUUGAAGACUAGAGACAGCUGUCUUCUGUUUUCUGCAGGAGCUUUCCUAACGGUGCUACUGGGUUCCAGUAGACUCGUCACUGCAGCCUCAGCGGGACAGGCCAGGGGUCUGGCCAAUGGGGACUGUUGAAGUAUUCUUGCCAGGCAGAACUUUUAAAAAAAAAGUAAACAUCCAUGUAGAAUGAUUAAAUGGAAAGUUGUUUCUUAUGAUGGUCUGAGUUGGAUUUUCUUUUCCUUUUGUUUUUUCAAAUCUGAGCAGAGUGGGCAUCUGAAGGGACCAGCUACAGCAGCAGCAGCAGCAGCAGCAGGGGUGGGUAAGUCUGUCCCCUUAGACUAGAGCCUAGUGUGCAUCGCCGUGAGUUUUGGAUAAUGAACUUAGCCUUCUGUGAUUUUUGUUUCCUGAAGAACCUCAAGAUUUUUAUAGUGCUUCAGUGGCGUUAAGUGAAAUCAGUGGUGCCAAAGAUAGUACUGUCAGAAACGUUGGACAACGCGUAGUUCACGGAACUAGAGUUACCUGAGAGACUGUUGAGAUUCAGAGAGCAGUACUUAUUUUGUACACGCCCAAAAAAAAAAAAAAAAGACUAUUUCAAUUUAUAUUUUAACAACAAAAUGUUAUUUUCUUAUCAAUUCAUAUUUUGUUUUUACUUUAUGGAUUAAGAAAAUAGAACCUGAUGAACUAAAUGAUGCAAGAAAGAAACUAAUCCUGAGAACGAGAGGCUUCAGAAAAUACAAUUUCGAGACCCACACACAGCCUUGGAAGGGACCAGGAAAAGAAUGUCUUUAAACAGGAUUUCUAAGAGAUGCCUUCAAAAGCAAGAUGGUGAGCGUGGCGGAGACCAACACUUAGAUGUAGAAAUACUGCCCCCUAGGGUCAGCCUCUACACCAGGAAAAUAAAUUCUAGGGCAGCCCCUGCCGUCUGUGCUGAAGGGAAGCCCCGGAGGCAGGCGGAAGCUCGGGCACCGGGCACGUGAAUGGUGAGUGGCAGGUCUGAGGCCCGAGCUCAGCAACUCUUAAAACCAGUCACAUACAAGAUGUUGUUUUCAUCUCAGGGAGAGAUUUCUAAGUCAUCUGGGGCCUGAGGACUUACUGAAGGACUAUCCAUGGACAUGUUCCCAGGCUCACACGAUAGGGAGCCCUGCUGACACCCUCUGAUGCCAGACAGCCCCAAAUGCAGAAGAGAAGGAGUCAUUUAUAAAUCUGAUCUCCCCUCAUCUGUCAAGAGAUGGUAGGCCUGUGCCCAUGUUUCGAAUACAACAGCUGUGGGGUACACGUUUUUGGGGGGAGAGGGAGAAGGGUUAAUUGCAUAAUUUUAAAGAAGGAUGCCCGUUCAUCUAGACCAGGGGUUAGCUAACUUAUGCAAAGUGCCCAAUAGUAAAUUUUUUUUAGUGUUUGGAUUUUGUGGGCCAUAUCCUGUCACAACUACUCAGCUCUGCCAUUGUAGCACAAAAGCAGCCACAGAUAAUAAACAAACGAGCAUGACUGUGUUCCAAUAAAAGUUUAUUUACAAAAACAGGAGGUGAGCUGAAUUUGGCCCACAGGUCAUAAUUUGCCCAUCCCAAUCUAGACAAUAAAACUACUCCUUCCCAGUACGCCGUAGAGAGGGUCCCCUCGGCUCCAAUUCCUGAUGUGUGUUAAAGGUCUAGGGCCACCUGCCAGGGGAGGCACCGCAGUCCCUUGUUAAAAGGGUGCUCGAACAACCAACCAGCAAAGACACGUCUGAAGCCACAGUGAGCAACAUCAAGCACUGGAAAGCUAAAACGCGCUGAACUCUAAGAGCAGAAGAGGGCCUAUCUGAUCAUUUCCAUACCAGCAACGAUUGGGCAGAGCCACAAUCACCUAGUUCCCAAGUGACAAGACAAACUGAGGGAGAUCCUGGUAAAAACAAGGGAUCCCUUAAAAUCAGCUAGUCACUGCCACUUGUCAUCUACAUAGGAAAGGCUUCGUUCAGCACAGGGCUGAAGUGAACAGCAGACUCAGAGAUGGAAAGGCUGUCAGGACACAGGGGGCUGGUUUUGACCUGGCUAUCUACUGUCUUAUGCAACAUAGCAGAUUACCUUUUAGCGUAGUGUUCCUACCUCAGUCUGUAGAAUAUGGUGUUUCUAUGCAGUGAGUAACAGCCUCAACUCAGACCUUUCAUGUUCACAUUCAAAAAGAUGCAGUAUUCCAUCUCCUGAUACGUUACUGGUGUCCAGAGUUCUAACAGUACAAUAGUCCAUACCACUUCCAGCAGCUGAAUUUUGCUCUCUGAACAGAAACUUUCGGGUUAUGUAUUUUUUUCCAGGGCGAACCCCAGAAAACAUGGAAAGAAGAGUUUCCUUCAAUUUGCUUUUCAAGUAGUGCUUGAAUAACAAACCUCCUUUUGUUGGAAUCCCCUCACCAUAUUAAAGUGUUGAAGUCUCUAACCUGGUUUUACUGUGUUCCACUGUGUUUCUUAUUUUCUCUCAAAAUUAGUUUGAGCUCAUUGUAGGAAAAGCAAUGGUUUCCAUAGCUUCAUCUAUCAGAGGAAAUAAAACUCUUACUAAAAAAUAGUGUACUGCAUCUUUAAGCAGCCGAGGGUAAACUACCUGCAAAUGUGAAUUUCUUACUUUCAUUAAAAAAUACAGAGUUGUUAACUUUUGUGUGCCAAAAAUUCUAAGUUACGGUGUCCUUCAAAGCAAUGUACUUUUUUUGACAUAUGCAGUAUGUAGGUAGCAUAAAAUCAUUGGUGCCAUGAAGAUUAUUUUUAAACUUAAAUAAAUAUUUAAAUACCAUGGAAAAGAGUGGGCUCCUUCUUUUCUCCCUUACACCUGCCUUGCUUUUUCCUCCCUUUAAGGUUACAACCACAUGAAUUAGAAGAUACCAGUGUGAUUACACAGCUGACUGCUGUUCAG